AUGUCAGAAAGAUAUCAUUUGAGUGCCUUCAAUCGUGGACGAAUAGUUGGAAGACUGGAAGCAGGUCAAUGUGUCACCAUUGUAGCUGCUGCAAUGGAUGUAUCAAAGAGUGUCAUCUCGCGAUUAAAGAAGGCCUCUAAAGGUGGAAAUGCUUUGCAAAAGCAUGCCGGGGGUCGUGGUAGGAACACCACACCUUUAGAGGAUCGAUAUGUAGCUCUCGUGGUAAAAAGGAACAGAAAUUUAACUUCUGGCCAGAUAGCUGCAAACCUUGCAACUGCUACCGGUACGCAUUUUUCUGCAAGAACCAUCUCAUGGCGAUUAAAUCUAGUUGGUUUAUAUGCACGGAAGCCUGUUCGUUGCAUACCGCUUCAACCACGCCAUCGUCGUGAGAGAUUACGCUGGUGUAAGGAACAUGUUGGUUGA